CAUGCCGGUUGCCGCCACCAACUCUGAGACUGCCAUGCAGCAGGUCCUGGACAACUUGGGCUCCCUCCCCAAUGCCACGGGGGCUGCAGAACUGGACCUGAUCUUCCUUCGCGGCAUUAUGGAAAGUCCCAUAGUAAGAUCCCUGGCCAAGGCCCAUGAGAGGCUGGAGGAGACGAAGCUGGAGGCCGUUCGGGACAACAACCUGGAGCUGGUGCAGGAGAUCCUGCGGGACCUGGCGCAGCUGGCCGAGCAGAGCAGCACAGCCGCUGAGCUGGCCCGCAUCCUCCAGGAGCCUCACUUUCAGGUUUCCUCCAGGCUGGGGUGCAGCUGGGGCAGGCCAUUGGGGGAGGCGCCGGCAGGAAGGGGGAGGUGGAGUGGAAAGGAACUGCAGGGCACUGGCCCAUGGUCCCUUCUCUUCCCACCACCUCCCCAGUCCCUCCUGGAGACCCACGACUCUGUGGCCUCAAAGACCUAUGAGACACCCCCACCCAGCCCCGGCCUGGACCCCACGUUCAGCAACCAGCCGGUGCCUCCUGACGCUGUGCGCAUGGUGGGCAUCCGCAAGACCGCUGGCGAACAUCUGGGCGUGACAUUCCGCGUGGAGGGUGGCGAGUUGGUGAUCGCACGCAUUCUGCACGGGGGAAUGGUGGCUCAGCAAGGCCUGCUGCAUGUGGGUGACAUCAUCAAAGAGGUGAACGGGCAGCCCGUGGGCAGCGACCCCCGGGCGCUGCAGGAGCUCCUGCGCAGCGCCAGCGGCAGUGUCAUCCUCAAGAUCCUGCCCAGCUACCAGGAGCCCCAUCUGCCCCGCCAGGUAUUUGUGAAAUGCCACUUUGACUAUGACCCAGCCCGAGACAGCCUCAUCCCCUGCAAGGAAGCGGGCCUGCGCUUCAACGCUGGGGACUUACUCCAGAUUGUAAACCAGGAUGAUGCUAACUGGUGGCAGGCAUGCCACGUAGAAGGAGGCAGUGCUGGGCUCAUCCCCAGCCAGCUGCUGGAGGAGAAGCGCAAAGCCUUCGUUAAACGGGAUCUGGAGCUGACACCCAACUCAGGGACCCUCUGCGGCAGCCUUUCAGGGAAAAAAAAGAAACGAAUGAUGUAUUUGACCACCAAGAAUGCAGAGUUUGACCGCCACGAGCUGCUCAUUUACGAGGAGGUGGCCCGCAUGCCUCCUUUCCGCCGGAAAACCCUGGUGCUGAUCGGGGCUCAGGGUGUGGGUCGGCGCAGCCUGAAGAACAAGCUCAUCAUGUGGGAUCCGGACCGCUACGGCACCACGGUGCCCUACACAUCCAGGCGGCCCAAAGACUCAGAGCGGGAAGGCCAGGGCUACAGCUUUGUGUCCCGAGCGGAGAUGGAGGCUGACAUCCGUGCUGGGCGCUACCUGGAACAUGGCGAAUACGAGGGCAACCUGUAUGGCACACGUAUCGACUCCAUCCGGGGUGUGGUUGCUGCCGGCAAGGUGUGCGUGCUGGAUGUCAACCCCCAGGCGGUGAAGGUGCUGAGAACAGCUGAGUUUGUCCCUUACGUGGUGUUCAUUGAGGCUCCUGACUAUGAGACCCUUCGGGCCAUGAACCGGGCUGCACUGGAAAGUGGGGUGUCUACUAAGCAGCUCACGGAGGCGGACCUGAGACGGACCGUGGAGGAGAGCAGCCGCAUCCAGAGGGGCUACGGGCACUACUUUGACCUCAGCCUGGUCAACUGCAACCUGGAGAGGACCUUCCGCGAGCUGCAGGCCGCCAUGGAGAAGCUUCGGACGGAGCCCCAGUGGGUGCCUGUCAGCUGGGUGUACUGAGCCUGCUCGACUGGACCUUGUCCCCUCUGGGUUGUGACCCAGAGACCCGGAUCCAUCCCUUUCCCAACCUUGACCCUCAGCCACGGUCCUUCGUUCCAGUCCCUGGGGCUCUGGCUCCCUGGGAAGCAGCUCCUCGAGCAGGCCCCAAGUCUGGCUUCGGCGCAGAGGCAUGCACUGCCAGGGAGGUGGGUGUUCGUGGGGUACCUCUGUGCCCAGGUGCUGCCCCCUCCUGAUGCCCACUGGCCACCAGAUGUUCCUCUCUGAGGGCCACGCUGUGCCCGGACUGUGUCAGAGUCACCUCCCGGGACUCAGACCAGAGACGAGGAGGGCUGCUUUGGGACCACGUGGUCAGGAGGUGCAC